GCAUCUUCUACUCUGUUGCUGCUAAGACCUGCAACUGAAGAUCCACAGACCACCAUGAUCCACAGCAAAUUGCAGAUCUGCAUGCUGAUCGCUGGCUACUUCACUUACCUCCUCGUAGGAGCCUGGAUAUUUCAAGUUCUGGAGAGGGAUGCAGAGAGGAAACAGCAAGCCUCCGUGUUAAGAAUGAAGGAGGAUUUUCUGAAGAAUUUCACAUCUCUCAGUCCUGUGGAAGUAGAAAUCUUUGUGACGAAACUUAUGGAAGCUGUCCGGAUGGGAAUGGAUCUGACAGGACAAGAGCACAGCAACUGGGAUUUCAGCAAUUCUUUCUUCUUUGUGGGCUCUACGUUAUCCACAAUCGGCUACGGCAACCUCUCUCCCAAAACAGCAGGUGGCCAGCUCUUUUGCGUUGUUUUUGCUGGCUUUGGAAUCCCCUUGAACAUUGUGUUCUUGCACCACAUCGGCAAGAUUCUCUCGCUGCUUUGUGAAAGGCUUGCUAAAUGCCUGUAUACAAAGGGUGUGAAGAAGAAAACGACAAGAGUUUUGACUCUUCUGUUCUUCCUGGUGAUGGGAAUUCUAGUUUUCCUCUGUGUGCCGUCACUCAUUUUCCAAGUGAUGGAGGACUGGACCUACAGUGAAGCAAUUUAUUUUGCAUUUAUUACCCUCAGCACAAUUGGUUUUGGAGAUUAUAUAAUAGGGAGACAGCAUAACAAGAGAUAUUUUCCCUAUUACCGAAUUUUGGUCGCUAUCUGGAUUAUUUUUGGACUUGCAUGGAUAGCUUUGCUGUUUAAUUUACUGACAAAUUUACUGGAAGACUCAGAUACAAAGCCAAUAGAAGAAUUUAUUCCAGUCAAGACAGAGACAAGAAAAAAUAGGAAGUCAAAAAGAUGCCCCCCUACUCAGUUUCCUCUUGAGGAUGGUUUAUCAUUACACCCCUGUGAAGAUGGACAGGAAAAUCAGUUACAGCAGCAAGAGGAUUGUGUCUUUUUAAAAAAACUAACAUCCUUGGGACGUUGUGGUGGUUUCCUGAAAACUGACCAAGUUGAUGGUUAAAAUGUUAAAUAAUAUGUAAUUUCAAAUAAAAUUUGUAAUA